GGCGCUGCGGCAGCUCCGGUCCCGCGCGGGCGGGCUUGGACGGGGGAAUUGCAGAGAUUUGGGAUCGGGGGUCCCGCCUGCCCCCUUUGAGUGCUCGGCUCAGGCUUGCAGGGAGCUGCUCGCACCCUGCUUUAGGCCCCGGUUUUUAUCCCCAGGCUCCAUCGUGUCCGUCCCGUUGUGUGGAGUUAUUGUGGGGCUUGUGUCUGCCUUGACUUGAAUUUUUCGUGAUUUCUUUGAUUUUUAAGCAGUCAUUUCUUCUAUGAGAAAAGGACCUGGCGUUAAUUGUAAGAGAGAUUUUUUUAAACAGAGAGGGAGGGUAGGGAAGUUGGCAACUCCGCCUUCUAAAACAGAGCCUCCGUGGUUUUUUCAGGUUGGCUGCUGGGUGGGAGCUUUUUCACAUCCAUGUAUAGAAUAGAAACUACACUGUGGGCUUUGAGUGAAGUCCUCGUGUAAUUUCCAGGGGUGUUUUUCUUGUAACUGAAGCUAUUUGCACUGGAUAAAAAGCAAUAGCUGAUCUUUUAUGUGUUGGAUUUUUGGAUGAAUUUUCGUGUCUGUUUCUAUGUUUCUUCUUAGUGUGCUUUUGUAUCAGAAUGCAGUUUCCAUUCACAGCUCAAGAUUAUGUAGAGCUUUCCGUGUUAACAAUAUAUUCAUUCAAGUUUCAUAACACAGAUCCUGGCUCUCGGGCCACACAACUCCACAGCAUUUUUAUCAGGUCACUGCUUCCAGCUGACCUGUCUCACAGAGGGAUUGGGAUGUGGCACUUGUACUGUCAAGUGGCAGAAAUCAAGUCUCAUUCUGAAAUGGCCUUUGCUGAUUCUUUCAUUUUCGUUUCGAAUCCUCACUGCUGAAAUACUCCCGUUAAUGUGACGUUAUAAAACUUCAGUCUCCAGGAGUUGGAUUUGCCUUUCCUGGCAGUAAAAGUGUUUGUAAUUGUCUUUCCAUGUAGGCAUGGAUGGGCAGUGACUGAAGCAUGUCCUGCCCUUUUGUUACAGAGAUACAAUAGGGACCAUCCUCCCAAAUUUUUUAUCUCAGUGAUAUUUCUGAGAAGUUCUAUGCAGCAUACUUCACAUACUAGGAAUAUCUUUUUUGCUUGUUUUAGUGUUUCCUGUACUCUUUCCAGUAAUGCUUUUAUCUUGAUUCUGAUUAAUUGAAAUAUCCCGAGUUACUUCAGAGUCUCCACUCCAUCAAUGAAGCAGAAGAGACAAUGAGACAAUACUUUUGCCUCAAUCAAUAUUACAUUUAAAUAUAAUGUAUUUGCCUAGAAAGAUGUUUUGGCACAUUCUUGGUGCAGCAGAGAGCUUGUCAGGCCAGACUUUGGACUCCAAGCAAAAUCUCCAUCUUCAUGUUUUUAAAACAAAAGGUGUACACGGAUCCUGGACCUUUAUUUUUAAUUGAGUAACCUGUAUGCUGCUGACCAAGAAACCAGACUUAAAUUCUCCUUUUUAGUAGUGUUUGGUUUUUUUAUUUUUUCCUUCCUCAUUGGAAGAGCUCAGCAGUGGCUCCCUGUUCACUUCAAUGACAGUGUGCUGCUAAUGGGUGUAAGUAAAUUAGAUGUCUUGUACCGAAAGCUUCUCCUCACUAAACUUUUCAUCAGAGGAUGGGGAAAGCCAGAGGAUCUGAAAAGAAUAUUUGAAUUCAGAAAGAUUAUUGGAAACAGGGAAAAGUGCCAGACGCUGGUUUCGAAAGAUUACCCAGUGUUCAUUGACAAGGUUGAGGGGCAAUCUGACUGUAAAAUCCUCGAGGGGCACUUCAUUUCCCCCUUGGCUCAUUGUGUCCCAGGUAUCCUGCCAGUCGAAUCUCUUGUAGCAAGAUUUCAGUUCAUCAUACCCAGAAGAUGGAAUAGCAAGCACAGACCUGUGUGCAUUCAUUUAGCAGGCACUGGAGAUCAUCACUUCUGGAGGAGACGCACAUUAAUGGCACGGCCAAUGAUUAAAGAAGCCUGUAUGGCUUCCCUGUUGCUAGAAAAUCCUUACUAUGGCUGUAGGAAACCUAAGGAUCAGUUACGGUCAUGUUUAAAAAAUGUCUCGGACCUGUUUGUGAUGGGAGGAGCUCUAAUUCUAGAAUCGGCAGCUCUUUUGCACUGGCUAGAGAGAGAAGGCUAUGGACCACUAGGGAUGACUGGAAUAUCCAUGGGAGGACAUAUGGCUUCACUGGCAGUGACAAACUGGCCUAAACCAUUGCCUUUGAUUCCAUGUCUUUCCUGGUCAACAGCCUCUGCAGUCUUCACUACGGGUGUGCUAAGCAAGGCAGUGAACUGGAGAGAGCUGGAGAAACAGUAUUUUACACAAGCUGUGUACGAAGAAGAAAUCAUUCAAAUGCUUGAAUAUUGUGGAACAGAUUCUUUCAAGAUGGGACAAGACUUUGUUAAAAACUUCCCUGACAGUGUGGACAGUCUGGCGGAUAUGGACAUGACUUCCAGAAUAUUCAGCUUUGAGUCCUUGAAUGACACUGUAUCUAAGGAAGCCGUUCACAGCUUUACCACAAACAGAAGUGCUCUAAGUGCCUCUUCAGAAAGACUCUUAAUACAAGAUGCUCCUAAAAUGCAGUGCAUAAAUCAAACCUUUUCGACCAGUAGCAGUAGCAAUAAAAACUUAACCAGUCCACAAGGACACAGGAUAAAUACAAGGAGAAGGAGUGACACUUUACAGAGAGAAUCCUUAAUGUUCAUGAAGGGAGUAAUGGAUGAAUGUACCCAUGUAGCUAACUUCCCAGUUCCAGUUGACCCAAGUUUAAUCAUAGUUGUACAAGCUAAGGAGGACGCGUACAUUCCUCGCACUGGGGUGCGCAGCCUCCAAGAGAUUUGGCCGGGGUGUGAAAUCAGGUAUCUGGAUGGAGGUCAUGUCAGUGCCUACCUCUUCAAACAAGGACUCUUCAGACAAGCGAUUUACGACGCGUUCGACCGCUUUCUCCAGAAAUACACCAUGUGAUCUUUCUAAUGCAUUCAGACUGAUCUCAUUUGUAAUUCAGCUUACUGGAACUCAUGUUUGGAAAACAAGCCUCUUGUAGUGUUGAGCAGAUGGUCACUGACUGUUGUAAGUAACAAUUACCAGAAGUGGUAAAGUACCAGCAUUGCUUUCAUUUCAACCCAGUGCCAUUCUGACACAGCUGCUUCAGCAUUACCUGUGAAAAACCAACAGCAGCAUUUGUCGGUGCAUGAAUGGUUCGUGUACUUCAUGUCUAAUCAGAUUGUGUAUUCCUUCAAUUCUGAAUGAAUUCUGAAUUGUGUGUCAGUAGAAAACAGACCAGUCAAGUAUCUAAAGAAUGUAAAAUGUGCUGUGGGGCUAAGCUGCUCUCUUGUGUUUAGUGUAGUUUUGGUUUGUUCCAGAUACCUCGGUUACCUCUGGCUUCCUCAUGGCCUUGCUGUUCCUAUUGUGUUAUACUGUGGCUUUGCCAGCACUCAGCCUCUUGUGUUUGUCACUUCUUUUCUUGUCAAUUAUGAAUUGAAAAUGAGCCUUGGCAGAAGGCUCAGCACCAAAUCGUGCAAAUCGUGCAAAAAGAAACUUUGCCAAUUCAAGGAAAAGUGAGAGAGAGACGUUUUCAUUCAAUACAUCCAUGAAGUUUUCCUGCCACUGAAUUGAACUGUGCCAUUACAGAAGGAUCACGUAGCAAAUCUUCAACCAGGUUCACAAAACUGGAAUAAGUGAAAAUCAAGUGUCUGGUAUUUAAUUGUUUACAUAAUUCAGUUGGAUAACAUAAGCUUCCAGAUUUCUUUUCUUUUUUGGAAUGAUAGAUGAAAUAGAAAUGUCAUCAUUUUACUUUCUAGGCACUGGCUGAUUCUAAGCAGUUAAAUCGACAGCAAUUAUAUGGUGCUAUAAAGACCUGUUGCAAAUACUUCAACAGAUGUCCUUUCUAAAGUGCACUCAGCGCUGAUAUGCAAAAUACACUUGCACUGUAUAAUUUAAAAGAUACGUGAGACUAAAGGUUACUGAAACAGUUAGGUUUGCUCCUUAUUUUUCAAUACUUGUCUUUUUUAAUUAGAUGGAAAAUAAAGAAAUUUGGAUUUUGAGCACAUUUAAGAAAGUCCAAAGUCUGUUAUUUCCUCUUUUGGGAUCAAAAACGCCAACAAAUUGCAGUAGAAUAAAAGGUUGUCAUUUACCAACUGUGUGGAUAUCUCUCCACAUCUUUUUUUUGUGGUAAUCUCCUAUAACAUUCUUUUAAAACCAGUUUGCAGAGAAGUAGAAAACUGAAACACUUCAGUAUUCAGUACAGGCACGACCAGAAUUACACUAAAAUGAACAGAAAAAUCCAGCCAUUUCUCAGAAUGUGUGACUUCUGCACCUUUCCAGUCAAGCACUUUUGAUCUCCAUGGUUACUGUAAAGGUUUUUAGUAGUCAGAGUAUGGAGCAAACAAAGCUCAGUGAAUUUUAGUCAGGUAGACAGGACUAGUAACUGUGAAGAAAUUAUGGUUCAUUUGAAAAUCAGGUGUGUUCAGAUAAAACUGAAGAGCAACAAUUCUGAAUAACCCAAAUUAUGUAACAUACAAAUUUACUGAAAAUGCAGAAGAAGCUCUGAUCAGUCGGAAGUUAAAUUGCUUCUUUCAAGUGGUUUUUCAUAAUUUCUUUGGACAGUGUUGGUUUUAUAUAUGGGGAGCAAGUGUGAAGUGACUAGCACAUUUGAGUAGAGUAGAACACCAAGUAUUUGGAGGGUUUGAAAUCAAAUAUUAGUAAGCGUACAGAUUUAAAAUUGAAGCCUUGAAUAGUGUACUAAAAGAGUCACAGGGUUUACAAGCAUAUUCAUCAACUAAGAGUGCUUUAUAAGAGCACUGUCUGCUGUGCAGCAGCUUUUGUAGCUCUGACAUUUUAAUGUAAUUGUGUGCUUUAUGCCCUGGUUCUGUUGCAGCUAUGAGAAAGGGAGAUAACUGGUGGCAAGGGGAAGGGCUUGAAUAAAUGCAAGAGAGAAAAGACAGAUUUUGUAAAGGCCGGGAGUAAGCACAAAAAAAAUCAACUAUGCUACAAAGUAUAACAUGCCAAAGUAAAUAUUUUCAAAGUGCACAAUACUGAGAAUUACACAACUGAUGGGAACUCUGCAUCCUGAGGUUAGUGUCCUGAUGGAAUUACUAACAAGGUUUAACUUACCAAAAGGGCACAGAAGGAGGUUUAGGCUAAUGCCACUCCUGCUUGUGAGAGUGUCUUUUGGGACAAAUGCUCCUCCUGGUUGUGAGUGUCUUUUGGAACAAGCAGUGAAAGACUGGUUUCUGACAAGAAAAAGGAAUCACACUUUGCUCAGUAACUGAAGUCGUGUUGCCAAAUAUGAAAGCCCAGUAAGCAUUAUUUAAGAAAUUUCUCAGGUUAGAAUAACAAAAAAAGGAAAAACAUGCUCAGUGGUCUAUUUCUGCCAGUUAUCAGACAAAGGGAGCUGGUCUGUGAAGGGGGGAAUCGUGCUGUGUACGUGUUUUUAACCCUUGGAAAAUUGACUUUUUAAAUCAUAUUUUAAGGUGAACUCCUAAGAAAGUAUAAAUAAUCCAUUUUGAUGUUAAAUGAGAAUGUGGUUUUAAUCCAGGAGUUGCAUGAGAGAAAUGUUGUAAUAAGGUUUCUUCCAUGUAGCAGGUAAGCCAUUCUGUAUGUCUUAAAUUUAUUGUAAGACUGGCCUUGGUAAUUUUUUGGUUUUAAAUUUUUUCAAUAAAAGUCCUAAAAACA